GCGGCGCUUGCAGGGAGGAGGAUGAUGACCAUGAACGGCAAGCAGCAUUUCUCCAUGCACCCGGCCCUGCACGAGCCCAAGUAUCCCGGCCUGCACGCAGGCUCGGAGGGCAUGCGCAGAGUCUGUCUGCCCGCCCCGCAGCUGCAGGGCAAUAUAUUCGGAGGCUUUGAUGAGAGCCUGCUGGCACGGGCAGAGGCUCUGGCGGCUGCUGACAGCAUUGUCUCUCACGGCAAGAGUCACCCGUUCAAACCAGACGUGACUUACCAUACCAUGAGCAGUGUCCCCUGCACCUCAGCCUCCUCUUCUUCCUCCACCACCGUGCCCAUCUCCCACCACCACCACCACCACCACCUCGGGCAGACCCUGGAGGCCGGGGACCUCCUGGAGCACCUCUCCACCAGCCUGGCCGUGACCGGGAUGGGUGCUCAGGAGCCUCCAGGGAUGACGGCGGCGCACCACCACCAGCACCCUCACCACCACCUGCAGACCAUGGGACAGCUGCACCAGGCGAUGGCCAACAUGGCCCACCCCCACUCCCUGUCAGUGCACGGCGGCAUGGCGUGCGUCAACGACGUGGAGUCGGAUCCCAGGGAGCUGGAAGCCUUCGCGGAGCGGUUCAAGCAGAGGAGGAUCAAACUCGGGGUGACCCAGGCGGACGUCGGGUCAGCGCUGGCCAACCUCAAGAUCCCCGGGGUGGGGUCCUUGAGCCAGAGCACCAUCUGCAGGUUCGAGUCCCUCACUUUGUCCCACAACAACAUGAUCGCGCUCAAGCCGGUUCUUCAGGCCUGGCUGGAGGAAGCCGAGGCUGCGUACCGGGAGAAAAGCAGCAAGCCGGACCUUUUCAACGGGAACGAGAGGAAAAGAAAGCGCACCUCCAUCGCCGCGCCGGAGAAGCGCUCUUUGGAGGCGUACUUUGCCAUCCAGCCUCGGCCCUCCUCGGAAAAAAUUGCGGCCAUCGCGGAGAAGCUGGACCUGAAAAAGAACGUGGUUCGAGUGUGGUUUUGCAACCAGCGGCAGAAACAGAAACGAAUGAAAUACUCUGCGGUGCACUGACUUUCACAUCAUGAAUAAAAUAGCCUACUACAUUUUUGAUCGAGUGAUUAAUAAUAGCCUAAGUAGCCUCACUAACAGGAUUUAUCAGCAGCUCUCAUCUGGGAUUAUCUCCAAUAACUUCUGAUCUGAUUUUUCAUUUCGUGUCACUCACUCUUCGUCGUUGCACU